UGGGAACGACCUGCAGAUCAGUGACAAACUGUUUGUGAUGGACGCUGGAGCCUCAAACUCUAAAGACAUGAAGCUGCUGAGGAGUCACCUGCAGGAGCUUCGAGCCAGCGUCGUCUCUAGGUGCAGUCCGAUGACGCUGCUGUCGGAGCGUCUGUUGGCCGUUCUGCCGACCUGGAGGAAACUCAGCGGACCCAACCAGCUGAUGUCGUGGCAGCAGUUUGUCAGUGACGUGCAGGAGCACAUCAACCCGCUGGUGAGCCAGGAUCACCUGCGCACGCUGGCCCUGCAGCUCCACAGCAUGGGGGAG